AUGGAAAUCAACUGCAUAAAAGAGUUACUUCACCAAAGAUUUCACAUAAAGAAUUUAGGGGAACUCAAGUAUUUCCUUGGGUUGGAAGUGGCCAGAUCUAAAAAAGGGAUCCACUUAUCCCAAAGAAAGUAUGCUCUCGACAUACUUGAGGAGACUGGAAUGCUUGGAUGCAAACCCUCUACUACUCCUUUUCUAAGUGACACAUGCCCUCUGUAUAAAACAGACAGCUACCUUGAUGAUCCUACUCUCUACAGAAAAUUGAUAGGGAAGCUUCUUUACCUUACAAAUACUAGGCCUGAUUUAUGUUUCACAAUUAAUUUGCUUUCGCAAUUUAUGCAAAACCCUACCAGUUAUCACUAUCGUGCUGUCCAACACAUUCUCAGGUACAUCAAGUCCGAACCAUCUCAAGGAUUAUUUUUUGCUGCUGAUUCUCGUAUGCAACUAAAGGGCUUUAGUGACUCUGAUUGGGCCACUUGUCCCAACACUCGAAGAUCCACCACAGGCUUCUGUGUCUUCCUUGGAUCGUCUCUCAUUUCCUGGAAGUCUAAGAAGCAGAAGACGGUCUCCAGGUCUUCCACAGAAGCUGAAUACCGUGCUCUUGCUACCACUGUAUGUGAAAUACAGUGGCUUCGUUACCUUCUACAGGACCUUCAGAUAGAAGAAUCCGGAACCCCUAUUUUAUACUGCGACAACAGGUCUGCGAGACAUAUUGCUCAUAAUCAGAGCUUUCACGAACGCACCAAGCACAUCGAGCUCGACUGCCAUGUCGUUCGUGAGAAGAUACAAGAGGGCCUUCUUCAUCUCCUUCCCAUUCGAUCCGACGAGCAACUGGCUGACAUCUUCACUAAAUUUUCGCACCGCGUCCAGUUCAGAACGACUGUUCCCAAGCUUGGACUGAUGAGUAUAUACCGUCCAGCUUGA